AUGUCAGUGGCCCCGAGUGUCCUGGAUGUACACACGCCAUUCUCGUCCUUCGUCAUUGUUCACUCUGUCACACAGGAAUCUUUGCAGUCAUUAUAUGACAAGCUCACGCGCAAAGUACAUAUUAGCUACCAUGGCGAGCGCGUAGGACCAGGUUGGUUGAAGUACGAGUUCAAUGGAUCUAUCUGGGACCUGGAAGACGACUCCGAUUAUACCAUAUUCGUCUGGCGCCAGCAACAAAUAUCUCCUCCUGGAGAUGAUCCAGCUGCUCCCUCUUCCUCUGUCUCGUCGACCUCAGCUUCAAUGACUACAGCUGCUCUUCCUCGGAAUCCAAUCUUGCAUCUACAUGAUCCUCACCAGCCUUUACCUGUUCCUCCAGACUACCAGAAUGCCUCUUACUAUGUCUUUCAUCCUUCGCAUCAAAAUAUUCACUCUAGUGCCCGAUCUAACAGGUCGAAAAAGUCAAAGAGCACCAUACGAAAGGAUAACAGAAGUAAGAGCAUCAAAGGUCAAGACACCGAAGACGACCUAAAGCCGAGUUUCAAGCAAGCGUUUGACAAGUUUCAUAGCGAGAACGGAGUCCGGACUGUGAUGGGUAGCAUAGGACCUGUACAGAAUGUUCGUAUGCUUCUCAAGGCAGGCUAUCGACACGUAUACAUCUCUCGUAAAUUUGCACAGGAGAACAAGUUCAUACCUGACGACGCUGCGCCUGGACUCUACGGCUAUAGCGGGCUCGUCAACAUAGGCACUUGGCCUAUAAGUCUGACACCGUCUACUGUGCCCAGCUCGCUUCCUGACGCUCCGCCUGCUCAUGCCUCUAUCAGCUCGAAGAGGUCUCAACAGACCAAGGAUAAUAGUAAAGGCCCCAAACCGACAUUGAUGACUGUGUAUCUUUCGGAAGAGCCUCAUUUUGACGUCGUUCUAGGGCGAUCGUUCAUUGAGCGCAGACAGAUUCGCUUGACUUCCGUCGAUCCUACAGAUGUGGUUUGUCUGGAUACGGGCGAGAAAAUCGAGUGCGAGCUUGUCAUUUUGAAAGAUGGCAGAGGUGAAAUCGUCACAGUAACAUAG